AUGUUAGUAAUGGAAUAUGCCGAUGGAGGUGAUCUGCGUGGUUAUAUACGUCAACAUCAUUUACUUUGGUCUGACAGAAUUUACAUACUUCGGGAUAUUGCAAGAGCUCUAGAUUUCCUUCACUCUCGUGAAUUUGUCCACGGUGAUUUACAUACUGGUAAUGUGUUAAAGACUUCUUUGGAAAAAAAGUCUUUUAUAAAUAUAUUGGCCAAAAAAAAAUUUCGUGAACGUGAAGUAGUUUUAGAUUUAUCAUUAGCCUAUAUUCCUGAUAUGUCUACUACUCCAUUAUACGGUGUGAUGCCAUAUAUAGCUCCUGAAGUUUUUAGUAAAGGUUAUUUCACAAAAGCAUCUGACAUUUAUAGCUUUGGUUUAAUUAUGUGGGAACUGGCCGUCGGUCAAACUCCUUUUUCUGAAUAUCAGCACGAUAAAGAUUUAGUAUCUGAUAUAUGCAAUGGUGUUCGUCCAGAUAUAGAUAGAAGUAUACCCAAAUUUUAUGUUGAUCUUAUGUCAACUUGUUGGGACCCUAAUCCUGAAAACCGCCCAAAUUCGCGUCUUCUUCGAGAGACCGUUGAAAAUUGGGUUUUGUCUUCUGAUAAAUCUUUGUGUAACAAGCUAUCUCCUGAAUCUAAAGAUGUGGUUAAACAAUUGAAGGGUUCUGAUACCUUGGCGAAAAAACAAUUUAAAAGACUGGCGGAAACGCCAAUAUUAUUAUCACCUCCACCUGCUCCUUCGGCUUCUGUAUUUACUAGUAAGUCAUUAAUCCCAUUUGUGACUGCCUCAGAAGAGAGUCUCCCUUCUAUUCGUAAAGUUUCUAGUGUCGUCUCUUCAACAACAAAAGAUACUAGGCCUGAAAGUGGUGGUGAAGAAGAAACUAUAAUGGUCAAAG